AUGCCACACCAUGAAUUCGAAGAGUUUUCGAUCGAAUUUCGCGGUCAUAGUUACGAUCUGAAAGGUAGUGAAUUCCGAAAUAUAAUGACGCAGUUACGAGAUCCCGAUUCGAAAUUCGUCGGUGGUUGGGCGACAUUCAGCUUAGAGUUGACUUUUGCCGCAGAUGAAUUUAUCAAUCCAAAGCCGAACUAUAUUCUGCCCGAAAUACCAAGUAAUCUGCCUGCGGACGAUUAUCGCAAUGUGAUGGUUGCAAGAACUUCUCAAAUUAGUGAUUUUACAAUUGAAACCUCAAAUGGCACAAUUCAAGCAGUUCGUCUACUACUAAUUCUAUCAACGAGAUAUUUUCGUGAUUUUAUCAAUUUAAAUCCAACCGCGAAUACAGCUAUCCUUCCGUUCAGCAAAUUUGUUGUUGAUGAGGUUUUGAAGUUUGCCCUCACAGGCUCGUUUGAUUUGCUGGGAUCACAAGUGGAUGUUUUGGAUGAAUUUCUUUCGUGCACUGAGUUGAUUGUUCCCACUGAUACUCAUUCUCUCACCGAACAUAUUGCGGUUAAUCUUCGAAGACGAUUGCAGGAAUGGCAAACAUUACCGUUAUAUGAUUGUCUGAAACUGUUAGUUCUGUCUUGUAAACACGGACUGUGGGAGUUAUCUUGCACGUUGACUAACCUAAUUGCUAACGUUCACUAUAAAGUAUUCAAACGAGACUAUAAUGCGCAUUCAACGGGCCAGAAUCUACGAAUCUUUGAAGAACUCAAUGAGCAAACAUUCCGUUUCAUACAUCCGAUCGACAAUAUCAAACGAAAAUUUGAGCAAUCCGAGAAGAUGAGACCAAUUUUGAGGUUCAGAGCAAUCAGUAAAACCAACGAAAUCUGA